CCUAUAUCAAGCGGUUGUAUAUCUGUGUUUGGCAUUUGCAUGGCUUUUCCCGGGAGUACGAAAACUUCCUAUCGAAAUACCCCUUUGGGACGGCGCCCCCUUUCCUGUGGAACUCUCCAACGCUUUUGCUUGCUAGACCCAGGGCGCUUAACAUUGCCACGCCUGAUGACAAACAGUGUAUCUCAAGGCCCUCCACAUGACAAAAUGCUAUCCAAGCCAUGAUAUACUGCACGUUCCUUAUCGAGUCAGUUGUGCUACUUUGUUGGCAAUUAGUACAUGACGUAGGUGGGGGUACCUCAUAAUCUUACCGCUCAAGGCUCGAUUAGGCAGUUCGACACUGUCCUUUUUGUGCUCCAUUCAAAAUAUUUCGGCGAAUGAUAUUCUACCACCGCCGGAUUUUGGAGUGCCAAAAUUAUACAUGCUCAUAGUAACGGGUGUAUAGCUUUUUACAUCCAAUUCUGGACCGGAGAUGGGUCAAUGGAAGCAAAGACCGAGCAAGCAGUUAGCCGCAACAAACGAACGCCACGGUCCAUUCAACGAAUUUUUAAGCUUUAUCUUUCAUUGGUCCAAUUUACCCCGCGAGGUGAUAACCAAAAGAUCAGCCCUGGGGAACAAAGAAACCUUCGGCGGAUAGUGGCUGAAGAACCCUGGUUCUGGGACCAACGGGUCAACGCCCAUGGGAAUCUGCGCCUGAACUGCUCUCGGGGGAACGCCCAGAAGUUGUAUUGUUCCAGAUAUCUUUCACUCAUGCGCACCUUGCAUAGGAACCAGGAAACAAGGGUACAGCGUACAGCCGAUUACAGGUGAGAAAUACCCUAGUGGCUGUCACGAGAAUGUAGACCCAAUCAGGGUAUUUGCUGUUGUGCCUUGCAUAUCACGACGGGUGGAGAUGAUAGGUUGGAAAAUUAACCUGGCGAGGCCAAUCCUCUUCCACUCUUUGCUCCAUGAGCCAUUUUUGGAGGACGGGGGAGGGAAAAGAAACGGUAAAACCAAUUCAGCUAUGUAUUGUCGUUUUUAUUCUGCCAAUUAUCCAUGCUCCAGCCGUCAAUCACCAUGCCGGUUAACAAUAGCUGCUUGCAUGUACAUGUACAUGUACGUUCGCAUGGCGAGGAAGAUAAUGCACAUGAACGGCCUCGCGACUAUUUACCCCCGUUUGACUGAUGCACGAUUCACUACGCGAUGGCCGAAAUUCUUCUUUGAAGGAGCUGACAUACAGCUGACAGCUAUCCGGGCAUCGGCUAUUGCCACGCAUUCUGUCAUUGCGUACUCUCUCAGUCCAUACUAGAGAUCGAGGCCUCUUUCUGGAUCUUUUCCAAAUUUGUCAGCGGUAAUUCACGGAUUGGAGAUCUCCAAUUAACCUGGUAUUCGGAGCCGUUUUCCGCUCCCAUAGUCAUGGAGCUGGAUAAUACCAGUUUUUCGGUGUGGCUAAACGCUAUCUCUCUUUGGGUAUUCAAUGAGCCGGAGACAGAGAAAAUGAAAGUCAAGCCUAACUUCCAAAGUUCUUUCUUUGGUUCGAUUGAACUCACUAUGUUUUUGUCUUCUGUGACUUUGGUCAAACAAGUAUUAAAGAGGUCUGAAUACUUGGGGCUCUUCGCACUACUUUCGCAAUGCGAGCAGACCAGUGAGCAGGCCAGGUAGCGAAUAAUAUCUAUUUCCACCUAUAUAGUUACAGAUGUUUGGUAGGCUGACAUAUAGUUCGAUGGUCUCAAAUAGCAAUUUCCGACUGAGUCGCUAGUUGUUUUGUAUUUGUGGCUUUGUAU